UUCUCGUUUCACAUAAUGACACCAAAAUUGACUUGACACAAAAUUUGUCAAAAUACCGUAUAAACAUAAUUGCCUCUAUCUCCAUUGUUUCUUUUAUGUUUUCAUCUGUCUUCCCGGGUUUGUUUUAUCCAUAGUUUAGUAUAUUUUCGAGUAGGACAGUUCUAAGUUCUGUUGAUCGUCACAUCGUCAGCACAGAGUGAGUCACAAGAAAUUGCGUACAGGCACUGUAAGAAACUAUAGUCCAAACAGCACAUCUUUAUAAAUAGAAGCCUAGAAGAUACUUAAGAAUCUCGUACGAUGAGAACCUCAUAGUAAUUAAAUGUAAAGUGUAGCACCAGAAGAAUAAUUCUCAAUGUUAUAAUUGAUGGUAAGAUGAGUGAGGAGGUGCAGGAUGACGGGAGCAGAAAUAGCGCGUCGCUCGAGGAGUCGGACGCGUCGGGGGCAGAGUGCGCCACACUCGAUGCGUCCACCAACAUCUCACAGACUACAAUCAGCCAGAUGACAGCUAGCUCUGUUACUGCCACGGAGGGUGCCAAGUGGUGCUGUCAUGUGUGCACUUAUGAAAACUUUCCACUCUCACGAAAGUGUACAAUGUGCCGCAGUCCCAAGUCCGUGCUCAACGAGGAUAUCUUCAGACUGCAAGACGGCGCCAGUGCUCUACCCACCCAAGAUAUCUGCGGUGCGGAGGCAGUGACGGAGCGCCUGAAGCCGUUGCGGAUAUCUUCCCCGCAGGGCGCCAGCGCAUCCUCUGUCGCCAAGUGGCCCUGUCCGACGUGUACGUACGACAACUGGCCGCGCGCCCUCAAGUGCGCCAUGUGCGGCGCCAGCAACCCGGCCGCGCCCCCCGCCAGCCCCGCGCCCCCUGCGCCCCCCGCGCCCCCGCCCGCGCCCGCCGCGCCCCCGCUGCACGCUUCGCACCCCACGCAUCCAGCGCUCGGUAUGAUCGACACGUGCAACAGCCAGAGCGCGUCCAUCCUCGAGGUGGAGGCUGGCGCGCGCCGCUCCAAGCGACGGAACAACACCGACUGGGUCUGGCUGCAGGCCUGUCUCGGCGUGGUGGAGGGCGAGGCGCGGUGCGUGGAGACGUACCUGGCGCAGGGCGGGGACCCGGCGCGCGCGCUCACCCCGCACGAGGUGGCGCUGCUCGACCGCGCCUCCGCAUUCGACGCGGGACACACCCUCGUACACCUCGCCAUAAGAUUCCAACGCCAAGAGAUUCUGUCGACGCUACUAUCGCGAAUAUCAGGCGGCGGGUCGGGCCUCAAGAGAUCUCCUUCAUAUAUCGCCCCCGACCUAGCGUCGGCCAUCCGGCGCCACAUCGCGAGCUCGGUGCGCUACAAGAAGGGCGGGUUCCCGGCGCGCUACAUCGGGGAGUUCUGCACGUUCUACCUGCCCGCCGAGAUCUCGGAGCUGCCCCCCGCCAUCCAGGAGCAGCUGUUCUCCGAGCUGCUGGACCGCGAGGCGCAGAGCACGCUGGAGGCGGCGCGGCCCCCCCUGCUCAACUGGCGCGGCUCGCGACUCUACGCGCUGUGGAACCGCUCGGCCGGCGACUGCCUGCCCGACGCGCUGUGCCAGGCCGCCUGGGGCGUCGCCGACCGACACAACACGCUGCGCGCCGCCCUGCACGACGCCCUGCAGCAGCGCGCCCUCUACGCGCGCUGGGCCGCCUGGGAGCGAGCGCAGCGAGCGCAGGUACUGUACUCCGUACUACACGUUGCACGCGCCCUGUACGCGCGCUGGGCCGCCUGGGAGCGAGCGCAGGUACUGUACUCCGUACUACACGCUGCACGCGCCCUGUACGCGCGCUGGGCCGCCUGGGAGCGAGCGCAGGUACUGUACUCCGUACUACACGCUGCACGCGCCCUCUACGCGCGCUGGGCCGCCUGGGAGCGAGCGCAGGUACUGUACUCCGUACUACACGCUGCACGCGCCCUGUACGCGCGCUGGGCCGCCUGGGAGCGAGCGCAGGUACUGUACUCCGUACUACACGCUGCACGCGCCCUGUACGCGCGCUGGGCCGCCUGGGAGCGAGCGCAGGUACUGUACUCCGUACUACACGCUGCACGCGCCCUGUACGCGCGCUGGGCCGCCUGGGAGCGAGCGCAGGUACUGUACUCCGUACUACACGCUGCACGCGCCCUGUACGCGCGCUGGGCCGCCUGGGAGCGAGCGCAGGUACUGUACUCCGUACUACACGCUGCACGCGCCCUGUACGCGCGCUGGGCCGCCUGGGAGCGAGCGCAGGUACUGUACUCCGUACUACACGCUGCACGCGCCCUGUACGCGCGCUGGGCCGCCUGGGAGCGAGCGCAGGUACUGUACUCCGUACUACACGCUGCACGCGCCCUGUACGCGCGCUGGGCCGCCUGGGAGCGAGCGCAGGUACUGUACUCCGUACUACACGCUGCACGCGCCCUGUACGCGCGCUGGGCCGCCUGGGAGCGAGCGCAGGUACUGUACUCCGUACUACACGCUGCACGCGCCCUGUACGCGCGCUGGGCCGCCUGGGAGCGAGCGCAGGUACUGUACUCCGUACUACACGCUGCACGCGCCCUGUACGCGCGCUGGGCCGCCUGGGAGCGAGCGCAGGUACUGUACUCCGUACUACACGCUGCACGCGCCCUGUACGCGCGCUGGGCCGCCUGGGAGCGAGCGCAGGUACUGUACUCCGUACUACACGCUGCACGCGCCCUGUACGCGCGCUGGGCCGCCUGGGAGCGAGCGCAGGUACUGUACUCCGUACUACACGCUGCACGCGCCCUGUACGCGCGCUGGGCCGCCUGGGAGCGAGCGCAGGUACUGUACUCCGUACUAUUCUUUGGAUACGUUCAGUUGGGCGUGUUGGACGCGGGUCAAAUGUGGGAGAGCCAAGCUUUGGCACCAUAUUCUAUGGGCUUGGCGGCGCGGCUGCAGUACGCGCCGUCGGAGACGCAGCUGCGCGCGGAGUGGGCGCGGCUGGCGGCGGCGGCGGCGCGGCCGGGGCAGGCGCUGCACCAGCUGCACGUGUGGGCGCUGGCGCACGUGCUGCGCCGCCCCAUCCUGGUCUACGGCGUCGACGUCGUCAACUCCUUCCGCGGCGAGGCGCUGGGCUACGCGCGCUUCCGCGGCCUGUACCUGCCGCUGCAGUGCGACGCGGACGCCUGCAGCAAGUCCCCGCUGAGCCUGGCCUACACGCGCGGCCACUUCUCGGCGCUGGUGCCGCUGGCGCGCCCCGACCGCGCCGCCGCGCUGCCGCUCACAGACCCCGACGGCAAGCUUCUGCCCGUGCACUUCCUCAGCGCCGACGAGGCGCGCGAGGCGGAGCGCGUGGUGCGGCGCUGGGUGUGUGCCGGCGAGUGGCGCGGAGUGCUCGCCGCGCGACAGGCGCUGCCGCCGCGUCCGCUGCUGCAGGCGCAGCUGCUGGAGGAGUGGCUCAACCACUACCGCCGUCUCGCGCAGCAGACGCGCGGGCCGGCGCCGCCGCGGCUGCAGGCGCCGCCCGCCUUCUGCCUCGACGCGGACGCCGACGCGGACGUCGACGCGGACGCGGACACGGACGACGAGUAGCGGCCGCGCGCGGACACCCCGCUCUCGGCGCCGCCACGCUCCUCUUUCAAUUUACUAUUUAGUAGCACCUAUUCAAUUGCAGUGAUAUAUUUUUGUAGUGAUUCGUCAUUUUCUUUAUUAAUUCCGCUCUAGAUCUUGUUAUUGUAUUUAUAAAUUACGCAAAGUAAUAUUAUAUACAGAGUCGCCAUAACGUUACCUUCUCGUUGUUAAAACUGAACCUGGAAGUUUGUCGGAAUUGGAAUUGUUACAAAACGUUUAUGUAGCAUUUGCGCCGACGCGUGCAAUACUUGUAGCAAUGUUUAGCAGCCGGCCCCGGGGGACGCGCCGAUGGAACGUUAACAACACUACGCAACAAUAUGUUCUGGAAGCUUCGAAUCUAUACACUUAGUCGUAAGUAGUAUUUAUUUAGUGUUCUUAACUUUCCAUCAGCAUUGAAAUGAAAAUCUAAACGUUACGUUAUUACGUUUACUGUUCGACUUGCAAAAUAUAUAGUGAUUGAGUUUCGAGAAGGAUUUUUUGUAUUUGAAUUUGAUAUUAGCAAGCUUGUGUAUAUUCCUUGUUGUGAUGCGAAAUCAUUGAACGGGCGGGUGUCGUCGGUCGUUCGCUGAAAUGUUUUCCACAACGAUGUAAAAACUCGAAACAUGUCACUCGAGACAAAAAAUACGAAUAAAAUAAAUGAAGAGUCUAUUAAAUUAUCGACAUUGUACAGAGAGUAUAAGGUUCUAAUAUUUAUAUAUUACUGAUAGUAUCUCGGUUGUAAAUAAAAGAAAUUGGUUUAAACGUAAUAUUAAAAUAGAUGUAUAGUUUAUUUGCUUAGUGCAUACGAUAUUAUUGGUCUGGCUUGUCGGUUCAGGGUCGGGAAAUUGAGUCCAGCGAGCUCUGUGACCGAGUGUUGAAUGACUUUAUAAUUUAAUAGUGAAAUACAAUUGUAGUUCUUUAUAGCCAUAGUACCACCGUACUAUGGGGGACACCACAUGGCAGCACAAUUUAUUGUAUUGGGGAGGGAGCCACUUGCCAACGCUCGGCUCUGUUCGAGUAAAUUGUAAUAACACAAUUAAGUACGUGCUAUGUAUAAAAGCUUGCAACUAAUAAGACUAUUUGAUCUAAUUCAUAAUUUUGUUCAAAAUCUGUAAAUAAGUUGACGGUACUUGUCUCGGCAACUAGGUACUUGAGCUAAUUUAGUUAACAGUCACGUUACGAUAUUGUCAAAUUGUGUACCUAUACCUACCUAAUAUUUUUUA